AGGAGAACGAUCGCUAUAGGUUUCCUCGCCGUAUAUGUGUCCUAAAAAAUGAGGCAAUAUCGGGUACAAUAAUUCUCCACAAGGGCGGCGGUACUGUUCGGGAGUUCAGAUUUUUGUAUAUGUGUUUUUGUACUCACAAGUAGUGUUGUUUAAUAUUUAUUCUGUUAUUAGUUAUAAAUAAAAGUGAGAUAUGGUUAAAUAUUGCACUGUGGUGAGUUGUACGAAUAGCAAAAACAAUAAAAAAGUAAAAAAAGAAUUACAACUACAGAAAAAUUCUAUGUUUACAGUACCUAAAGAUCCUGAGAUUGUCCGAAAUUGGAGUCAAAUAUUAGAACAAGAUUUAGUUUUUAGUUCAUUCAUUUGUGAUAAGCAUGUUGAUGAGGAAUAUAUUUUAAGAAAAGAUGUGAUAAAUAUCCCUGGUCAAGAACCGUACGUAUCAGAGAGGAAAAAAAUAACUCUCAAACCUGGUGCCAUUCCUACAUUAUAUAAAAAUAUCAACGAGACGUCACCUUUAAUUAAUGUGCCGGUUGAUGAAACUGUAAAUGUGAGAGCUGCUGUCAAAAUUUUAUUAAUUUAAAUUUCAAAUAACUACUAUCAAGUAAUAAUUUUAAAUGUCAUUGAACAAGAAAAUAUCGUAA